UAUGACCCUGAGGGAGGCGCCAUCACUCCUGUGGCCAGGGUUGUGGUGGAACGCAUUGCCAGAAAGGGUGAACAGUGCAACAUUGUGCCAGAUAAUGUAGAUGACAUUGUAGCAGAUAUUGCCCAGGAGGAGAAGGAGGAAGAUGACACUCCUGAAACAUGUAUCUACUCCAACUGGUCUCCGUGGUCUGCCUGCAGUUCAGCCACUUGUGAGAAGGGUAAGCGAAUGAGACAGAGGAUGCUGAAAGCUCAGUUGGACCUGAGUGUUCCCUGUCCACAUACUCAGGACUUUGAGCCGUGCAUGGGGCCUGGCUGCAGUGAUGAAGAUCCUUCCACCUGCAUGAUGUCAGAGUGGAUUACAUGGUCGCCGUGUAGUAUUUCCUGUGGGGCAGGCACUCGUUCCAGGGAACGUUAUGUGAAACAGUUCCCUGAUGAAGGUUCAGUGUGCACUGUGCCCACCCAAGAGACUGAAGACUGUGUGGUUAACGAGGACUGCUCUCCCAGCAGUUGUCUGGUUACAGAGUGGGGUGAAUGGGACCCGUGUAGUGCUACUUGUGGUCUUGGCAUGAAGAGGAGAGAGCGCUUGGUGAAGAUGCCUCCUGCAGAUGGCUCCAUUUGUGGCACAGAGGUUUUACAAGUGGAGAAGUGCAUGAUGCCGGAAUGUCAUACAAUCCCAUGCUUGCUGACUCCAUGGUCAGAGUGGAGUGACUGCAGCGUGACAUGCGGGAAGGGUCUGAGGACACGACAGCGCAUGUUCAAAUCACCUGCAGAGCUGGGAGACUGUAAUGAAGAUGUGGAACAGGUGGAGAAGUGCAUGCUGCCUGAGUGUCCCGUAGACUGUGACAUGUCUGAGUGGACGGAGUGGUCUGAGUGCAACAAAUCCUGUGGGAAAGGUCACACAAUUCGGACUCGCAUUGUGAUGAUGGAGCCCCAGUUUGGAGGAGACCCCUGUUUGGAAACUAUCCAGAGGAAGAAAUGUAAGAUUAGAAAGUGCAGUAGAGGGCAAGGCAAUAGUGAAGAGAAGAGACGACGCAAGGAACAGCGUGAAAAACGAAGGAGCAAACAAGGCAGGGCUGAGGGCAACACUGAGCACCCAGGGUGUAGAAUGAGACCAUGGUCAAGCUGGACAGAUUGCACCAAACUAUGCGGUGGAGGUAUUCAAGAACGACUCAUGUCAGUAAAGCAGAAGUUUAAGACUGUCCAGCUGUCCAGCUGCAAGGACAGAAAGGAGAUCAGGGCAUGUAACGUCCACCCCUGCUAGGAAGUCGAUAGCAAACAGGGUGGUUGACAAGAAGAGAGCUGGAAGUUGAAUUGACAGUGGGACUGGGAACAGAACAAGGCAUACUGUCGCACAAUGAUCCAAUGCACUCUGUUUAGGGCUGAAAUUAUACCUUUUUUUUAUCAUCAU